CUUCGGCACCUGCAAAUGCAAUAGAAAACCAGAAACCCUUAACCCUAAUCCGACAACCAACCCAUACACCAGGAGUCGAUAUAAAACCCUAGCGCCAAAACCUUCUUUUCAUUUACUUCGAACCGAAGGGUUUUUGGCGCUACACAAGCUCCGUCGCCGGUGCAGGAAACCUAGCAAUGGCGUUGUAUAUGCUCUAUGAGGCUGCCUCUGGGUACAGUCUUUUCCUCGCUCACGGUCUGGAUGAAAUUGGGCAAAACACGGAGGCCGUUCGGGGCUCUGUCUCUGAUAUGAACCGGUUCGGCAAAGUCGUCCAGCUCGUUGCUUUUCACCCCUUCGAGUCUGCUCUCGAUGCUCUCAAUCAGUGUAACUCUGUCUCUGAAGGGGCUAUGACUGAUGAGUUGCGGAACUUCUUAGAGCUUAAUCUGCCAAAAGUGAAGGGAGUGAAGAAGCCGAAGUUCUCUUUGGGUGUUUCAGAUCACAAGAUUGGGUCACAUAUCUUUGAAGUGACUAAGAUCCCUUGCGAAAGCAAUGAAUUUAUUCAUGAGUUGCUUCGUGGUGUCAGGCUACAUUUUGAUCGGUUCAUCAAGGACCUUAAGCCUGGAGACUUGGAGAAGGCGCAGCUUGGUCUUGGACACAGCUACAGUCGAGCUAAAGUGAAGUUCAACGUUAACAGAGUUGACAAUAUGGUCAUACAAGCAAUCUCUCUUCUUGAUACGCUGGACAAGGAUGUUAAUUCAUUUUCUAUGAGAUUUAGAGAGUGGUACUCGUGGCACUUCCCUGAACUAGUGAAGAUUGUCAAUGACAACUAUCUCUUUGCAAAAGUUGCAAAGUUCAUUGAGGACAAGUCCAAGUUAUCUGAGGACAACCUUCCUGAACUAACAGAAGUUCUUGGAGAUGAAGAUAAAGCCAAAGAGGUCAUUGAAGCUGCCAAAGCUUCUAUGGGUCAAGAUUUGAAUCCAGUUGAUAUGAUUAAUAUCCAGAUGUUUGCUCAGAGAGUUAUGGAACUUGCUGAGUACAGGAAGAACAUUCACGAGUAUCUAAUUGAAAAGAUGAAUGGCAUUGCACCUAACUUGGCUGCCUUAAUUGGUGAAAUUGUUGGGGCCCGUUUGAUAUCUCAUGCUGGUAGUCUUACAAAUUUGGCCAAGUGCCCUUCUUCUACCCUUCAGAUUCUUGGGGCAGAGAAGGCCCUCUUCAGAGCUUUGAAAACCCGAGGAAAUACUCCCAAAUAUGGCUUGAUUUUCCAUUCCUCCUUCAUUGGUCGAGCAUCUGCACGCAACAAGGGGCGCAUGGCUCGUUAUCUUGCAAACAAGUGCUCUAUUGCUACUCGAAUUGAUUGUUUUGCUGAGAAUGGUACAAAUGUGUUUGGAGAGAAACUGAGGGAACAGGUUGAGGAGCGGCUUGAUUUCUAUGACAAGGGAGUUGCUCCACGCAAGAACAUUGAUGUCAUGAAGUCUGCCAUGGAGACUGCAAAUGAUGAUGGUAUGAGCACAUUUUGCCUUUUCAUUAUUGGAUCCACGACUGAUGCUGAUACCAACAUGGAAGAAGCAGCUUCAGAAAAGAAGAGCAAGAAGAAGAAAUCCAAGUCGGAAGCUGCAGAGGAAGAGGAUAAGUCAACUGUUACAACAAAUGGAGAUGGUGCGGAACCAAAAUCGGAGAAGAAGAAGAAGAAAAAGGAGAAGAGGAAACUUGACGAUGACUCAAAUGGUGUGGCUGCAAUCGAAGUGGAGGAGGAUGUGGCUGAGAAGAAGAAGAAAAAGAAGAGCAAAACUGAGAGCGUGGAUGGAGGAGAGGCUGAUGGAGAGGUCAAAAAGAAGAAAAAGAAGAACAAAGAUUGAAGAAUGGUAGUAGUUUUGAUGAGUGAAAGUAUUUUGGCCUCCCCGAUUCUGCGAAGCAGCCGCAAUUCCUAUGUUAUUCUUAGGAAAGAAAAGUGAACAAUCUGUGUUGUCUGCUAAGUGGGGCAUGUAGAUUAGGUUUCUUUUUGGUUCCAGAACGUGAAGUCUUCUCAGCGGAGCCAACUAAGUUUUGGUUUUAUUAUUUAGCUUUUUUCCCCUUCCCCUUUGCAUUGGAACUUACCAAGGCUAUUUUAUGUUAUGUCUAGGCGUGAAUUUGCUUGUACCGGCUGGGCGGGCUAUUUGAUCCGGGUUUUUUAAUUAACCGGAAAUCGGAUUGUUUAAGAUUGGGAUAAGAUGUAUAACAAUCAAGGUUGUCAACCCGAUCCAGACCUGGUCGAGCUAGUGGGUCAAGGGUUAAUGGGUCAACCGUUUUAGCCCGGUUUGGUCCGGAAAUAUGAAAAAAGUCAUUAUAUUGUACUU